UUUAAGACGUAGCCGGGAAAGAUGGCGGCACGCUUGGCGAUGCGGUGUGUCUUUGCACAGUUGUCUUCUGUGCUUCCAGGGCUGUCAAAAUCAAGUGUCUUUUCGCAUUCUCGUAUCGUAUCGCAGGCAUAUCAGCAACGACCCCUUUCUACUUCCCCGCGACUUUGUGCAGCACUUAAAUACACGGACAAGCACGAAUGGGUGCGAGUAGACGGGGAUGUCGGAACUGUGGGCAUCAGCAAUUUUGCUCAGGAAGCACUUGGAGACGUGGUUUACUGUGGCCUGCCAGAUGUCGGAACACAGCUGUCACAAUCAGAUGAGUUUGGCGCUCUGGAGAGUGUGAAGGCCGCCAGUGAGCUCUACUCUCCGCUGACGGGAGAGGUGGUGGAAGUCAACGACACGUUGGCUGACAACCCCGGCCUUGUCAACAAGUCCUGCUACAAAGAUGGGUGGCUGAUGAAGAUGACCAUUGCUAAGCCUGACGAGCUGAAGGCCCUCAUGGAUGAAGCUGCCUAUGAGAGAUACAUCAAAUCAAUUGAGGACUAGAAUGUUUGUAGAUAUUGAUAUUGGAGCGUGUUGAAUGAUGUCUCAGGUUUGUUUGUUUGUGUGUGUGUCUACAACCUGAUGGACUAACAUACUUGAGACCCUAAGUGGUAGCAGAGGUUCCGUUGUUGCUCUUAUCAUGUGGAGCAUGCUCUCUUGACCCUUGACCCUAACUGGAGACUGACUGUGUGCCAGUAACUCCCUUUGCCAGGUGACAAAAACACUCCAGGUUGCAACUCCAAACCACAUGCCUUCAGGCAAGAAAGAUAUUCUGCACAUACAAUCAAUCCCACACCAAGCUGCUCACGGACUGCACGCACAUUUAUUAUUUCGCCUUUGAUCAUCCACCCUGGAUACAGACAUGACUGGGAUUGUUUGCAAAGAAACUCCCCUUGUGUGUCAGGGAACUUGACACUUUUUUCACUGUUGUUGAGGGCCUGGCCUGAACUGUAGACACUGGGUACAAAUGUUCUCUCCAAACUUGUGUCCUUUCCUCUGUGCACUGGCCUCAUAGUCGACUUGUUUUACGUCCAGGGACAGAGAAAAGGACAGGAGUGGAGAAGUGAUGCGCACCCCAAGAAGGGGUGUUUCCCUGUUACCCUCCCAAGUGUAAUGGGUGGUGGGAGGGGCAUCUGAUGUCACUCAGACUGAACUGCUGUAAUGUAUUUGUAGAUAGGUACUAACUGAAUUAAAGACUGAUAAACUGAA